GGGAUGAGUCGGACUACAGGACCCUGGUGAACAACAUCCUGGUCUAUGGAGAGGAGAACGACCUCAUCCUCAACACAAACAAGACCAAGGAAAUAAUACUGGACUUCAGGAAGAACCCUCCCCCUCUACAGCCUCUCAUCAUCAAAGGGACUGAGGUGGAGAGGGCUGACGGGUACAGAUUCCUGGGAAUGCAGGUGACAUCUGACCUGAGCUGGACUCUUCACACCACAGCCACGGUGAAAAGGCCCAGAAAAGGCUUUAUUUCAUCAGGAUGCUCAGGAAAGCUGGUCUGAACCAUCGCCCUCUCACCCAGGCCUAUAGAGGACUGAUAGAGAGCAUCCUCACCGCAGGCAUCACUGUGUGGUAUGGAAACACCACACAGGCAGAGAGGAAGGCUCUGCAAAGAGUCAUAAGGACCGCGGAGAGGAUCACAGGGACACAACUUCCGUCCAUGGACUCUAUGUAUGUGCAGCGCUGUCGGAAAAGAGCAGAGGGAAUCAUUGGAGACUCACUUCAUCCAGCUCACUCUCUGCUCAGACACAAACACUGCACAUACAACCUGAGACAGAGCGGACAGCAUCGUCACCCAUAGGACACGCUUCUUCAACAGCUUCUUCCCUGCCACAGUCAGACUGAUGGCACAACACAGCUACUGAGAAAGAGGCACUCCUUGAAACUGUGAAAAAUGUGCAACACUACAAUCAGUGCAAUAGCCCCACACAACCUUCCCCCAACAUCUGAACAUGUGCAAGGGUUAUUAUAGUGUGUUGUUUUGUACCUCUUGACUCGGAGAACCCUGCAAAAAUAAUUCCGAUGUGUCUGGACUGCUGGUCUAGGCACAGAUGGCAAAUAAAAAACCUUAAACCUUACACCUUAAACUUGAAUAUAAAAACAGCGUGACCGAGGACUUCCUCAAAGGUUUCACAAUACCGAGAUGAAUGAAAGAGGGGACGUCGCGGCUCAUUCAGGCUCAGACUCGCAGCAUGUUUAGAUGCCAUUAACGAUCAGACGAACCACCAUGGAUGUGGGAGAAGGGAUCUACACGUUGUUGGAGGUGCUCAUCGCCGUCAGCUGCUGUCUGGGUAAUGCACUGGUUGUUUUGGCGCUGUGGACCAGUAAGAGCAUUCACAAGCCCACCUACGGCCUCAUCGCCUGUCUGGCUGUGGCCGACUUCAUGGUCGGCUGCGUGGCCAUCCCGCUGGCCGUGGUGAUGGACAGGCGAGUGGAGACUUCAUUCCACGGCUGUCUCUUCAUCAGCUGUGUGGUCAUCCUGUUGACCCUCGUUUCAAUUUUGUGUCUCACGGCUAUCGCAGUGGACCGCUUCCUCCGGGUGCAUCUCCCCCUCAGGUACAGAAGGACUGUAACACAGAGGCAUUCUCAGCUGGUGGUAGCAGCGUGUUGGCUUGUUGCAGUACCUCUGAGUUUUUCUCCCAUGUUUGGAUGGUACAACCAUGAAACCUUGUCCGAGUCCACCAACUCCACCAUAGUCUGCCAGUUUACGGCUGUGAUCCCCAUGUCAUACCUGGUUUACCUCAACUUCUUUCUCUGCACCCUCACACCUCUGCUGGUGAUGACCGUGCUGUACGGCUACAUCUUCUGCACCAUCCAAGGAACCCUUCGAGAGAAACCAGGCGACGGGCCCCAGAAACCGUGUCAGAACUACCUGGAGAAAGAGAAACAGCUGGCAGGCUCUCUGUCCCUGGUCCUGGCUCUGUUUGCCCUGUCCUGGCUCCCUCUCCACAUUAUGAACUGCAUCGUUUACUUUGGUGAGCCCAAGGAUGUACCAGGAACAGCUUUCCACGUCGGCAUCCUGCUCUCUCACGCCAACUCGGCUGUGAACCCAGUCGUGUACGCGUUCAAAAUAGAAAAGAUCAAGACGGCGUACCUGAAGCUCUGGAGACGGUACAUCACAUGUGGAGAAGAAACCCAAGCAGCUCCGACCAGCCUGACGACAGACAACAACCUCAGCAACAGUAACAUGAACAGCUUAUAGACAAACACAGGUAGAGGAAGAUGUCCUUGUUUGUCUCUUUGUUCUUAAGGAGCAGGUUCGAUUGACUCUCAAGCGUAAUUAAACAUUCACAUUGUGAGAACGUUUAAGAUGGCAGUUACAGUGUGUGAAGUGUAUUGAAGACCAACGGCCACCUUUUUUAAUUGAUGUUGAGGCACAUCUUCAGCAGUUUGCACUAAAUGUUUUGUUAUCGGCCAAGUUCAAGAAUGUGUGUUGCGAAAAACUGUCAUGUCGGGGGGGGGGAAAUGCAACUUCCACUUGUCUGAAUAGCUUUAGUUUCAUUUCACUGUCGUUUUGUUUCUGUUCCAUUUCUUCAUAUCCUUUAACGAAAAGAACGCUGUUGGAAAUCACCUUCACGAAAAAGAAAAAAAGAUCCUUCACACGAGCAGUCUGUCCUUAACUGACUGUCACUGAGGUGACAUUCGUUGUACACUUGACCAGAAAAAUACAAUGUUCAAUUUUAAAGACUUGCAGUGUUUAAUUUUUUUUGUAUCAGACAGGUGUGAGCUGCAUGACAGACAUCCGUUUAUAUUUAGUUAUUUGAAAACACCACAAAAUGCAACCUCAAAGAGAUGUUAGAUAAGAUAUGUACUUUAUUCAUCCCCAGGGGGAAAUUUCUUUAAAACAGCAGCAGACAUGUUUACACAUAAACAAUACAAUAAAAUAGGGCAUAUUACAUUUAAGAAUUUAAAUAAAAUGAAAAAUGUAAAAAGAAAACAGAAAUGAAAGUGUAUACACUGUAUCUUAGUGUACAUGAGUAUAAAGUGAAUGCGGUGCAAGGUUUAUUGAUGUUCGAAUUUUCCGUUCGCCGACAGGAGAAAAGACGUGCUAAUUAAUGGUUUCUCCAGUAAACAGGCCAACUUUUCAGAUUUAGUCUAUUUUUUUAAUUAAUCUGUAUACACAGCGCUGAGAUUGUGAUUUAGAUGACUUUAUGCUGCAUUGUCAUAGUUGCAAUCCAUACAUGACCAAAUAUUGCAUACAUUUACCAGUUACCCAUUUCAUAAUGGUAAUUGUAAAUAACCCCUUAAAAGGUUUAUUGUUUUGUGUUGAUUGCCUUAUUUUGUAUCUGCUUUAUUGGUUGUGAUGUAUGCCUUUUUAUAUUGUAUUGUUUUAAUGAUUUUGGAUAUGUUUUAAUCUACUUCCGCUUUGAGCUAAAUUUGACUUUUAUUUUGAAAUGUUAAAAGGAAGCGCACCUUUAUUUUGUUAAUAUACAAACUUGACGGUACAGCUAAGUGUUACGGACGGAUGCGCAUUUGAUAUAAA